AUGACCUUCCCUCCCCCUCACCCUUCCGCCCAAUCGUCGAUUGCUUCUGGCACCGAUCAAUCUUCUUCGACCAGGACUGAUAUUGGUGCCUGGGGUCGGUCCGUGUCGCAGACCGGCGCACGUCGCCUGGGGGCUUCUACGCCAUCUUCUUUCUCUGCCGUCUUGAGCUCUGCCAGGGGUCUCUCCGGUGGAAGUCCUAAACCCACAUCGUCACCGUUCACUUCAUUGCAAUCUGGCUCGCAGCAACACACCACGGCCCUCUCAUCUCCUAAGUUCCGCGCUCACACCCCUUCCAUAGGGUCUCAUUUGGCCUCUGCUACAGGCUCCACCCCAGGUGGAGGAGGUACUGGGGGAGGUGGUGGUGGGCCUGGAUCGUCUAGAGGCGUCUUCUCGCCUCUAUCCUCCGGAACAACCGUGAAUUCCCCAACAGGCUUUGCCUCAGACAAGCCAGGAUCUGCAGCCUCUGCAGCUGCCCACUCGAGCCAAUCGUCGCUCACCAAAAUCUCCAUCGCCCAAGUGUUUCUCUUGUUAGAUUCAAUCACAGAGAAAGAAGGCAAAGAGAAGUGGGAGACAAAAGCCGCACAGAUACACAAGCUUGUGACAUCCAACGGAAUGGAGGUCUUUUCUAAAUACUUUCGGCGCCUUCUAACGGGUAAUGCGCCCCAAAUCUUCCCAGGUGUCAACAAGUCCGUCGAAAAUGCGGGCAACUACCCCCUCCUUGUCCAGGAGAUGCAGAAAGUAUCUGCAGACAUGGAGCAAGCCCAGAAAAUCGCCGAGACAGUCGAUACUUCAGAAGGGGACAUCUUCCGUGAUUUUGACCUUUCCACUUUCCUCGAUCACUUCCGACUUGACCCUGUUGUGAAGGUUGCACUUGCUUUGGCAUUCAAGCUUACUAGCAAGUCCGAUCUUCGUGCCAAAGCUGAUGCCAUUAUCUCAAAUUCCGUUACUCCCUUCCUCCAAAGCUUGGCCAACCCAUCCGAAGUCACAAAGGACUACCAUAACUCUUUCCUCGGCAUGACGAUUGAACGAUUCAUCUUAUACCCUCCCCGCAAUUUUUCCGACGAAGUCAAGGCGAAGCUAGUUUACGCAGCAAAUCUCCGAUAUCAGAAACUAGGGUUGGAUAUGCCGUUCGAGGUUUCUUCCGCUCUUCAAAUGUUCAAUUUCGUCAACCCCCAGUAUGUCCUUGUUCGACAGCUGCACUCCAAGGGGCCUCGAGUUACGGCAAAUAACGAAACGAUAAGCGAAGUGAUUAAUGCAGACCCAAAGGGUUGGAGCGAGGAGCACCUGGCUUGCGCUCUCCUCUUCAUGAUCUUGUCACAAUAUUGGGAACAAUUUUCACUAGAGACGUUCUUGUCUGUAUAUGCCGACAAACAGAUCAAUUGGCCUCUUGUGUUCCGCAACUUUGACCGGGAGGGUCUUCGUGUGGACUCCAAGCAGUUUUCUAAAUUGUACAGUGUACUUUUAGCUAUAUCGGCUGAUGACUCGUCUUUGGAUAUCCAAAAACUGUGGGGCGGAGAUUGGGAGCACCGCGACACGCAGAUGUCAUUUUUGACAGCCUUUGUCGCCUCUCGUAUCGAUCCCUCUCAAAUCGCCAGCUUGCGCGCAACUUUCCCAACCGACUUCUUCGAGGAUGCCCCCGAAAUCGUGAAACUACAAGGCGAACGUGCUGCAAAGUCCCCUCUUCGAUCCAUGGAUGCUAUGAAGGCCAUUUUCGACCUCGCAUUGUUUUCCCAGGCUUCGUGGGCCGCAACCGAAAGUCAGCUUCUAAUCAAGGCCGUCGUUCAGUUCGACCUCCCGGUUUUCCUUUGUUCUGCACUCGCUCUUCCACAGCCGUGGUCUAGCGUACAGCAGAGCUUUGUGCUGCGAACAUUUAUUGUAUUCAUCUCGAAGCAAGAAGAUGGAUACCAACUUGCUCUCCAUGGUGCCUGGCGUCAAGACCGACAGUGGGUCUCAGAGCAACUGUUCACCACAUUCACCCAAGACCCAACAUCGACUGCAGUAAUUUACGAACACGCUGCAGCAUACGGAUGGCUUGAAUACCUUCUUGGAUUUACCAACGGCCUUGCCCUUGAUCUUGCCUGCUACUCUCACCGUAAGAGUGCGUUUGACCUUGAGCAGUGGGUUCGGAAUGCCGCCGACAAAGGUCCCAUUGACAUGGGUGGCCUGCUGUCUAAAUUCCUGAGAAUCAAGGCCGAGGAUGAACUCCACGUUCAAAGAAAGGAACAGUCUGCUCACCAAAUGGUCAGCUUGGCUGUCAAGACGGUGUACACACUCUUGUCGGUGUUGGAGGAAUACGUCGGAGACCGCGAGAACCUCACACCUGUUCAACGCAUCUGCAUUCAGACUUAUCCCCGUCUCAUCAACUACGGUGAAGGCUUUGAUGAUAUCAUUGAUAUUAACGGCGAGAACGGCAACACUUUGCCCGAGUCGAUCGACAAGCAAAUGCAAGAGCUGUUUGGCAAAAUGUACCACGAGGAACUGUCGCUCCGAGAGAUGCUGGAAUUGAUGCGGAAGUACAAGUCGUCCCAUGAUCCCAUUGAGCAAGACCUCUUUGCUUGCAUGGUACAUGGUCUGAUUGACGAAUACCACUGCUACCACGAGUAUCCUCUUGAGGCCCUGACAAAGACUGCCGUCAUGUUCGGUGGUAUCAUCAACUUCCGUCUUGUUGACGGCAUCACGUUGAAAGUCGGUCUUGGUAUGAUCCUGGAAGCUGUUCGCGAGCAUGAACCUCAUGACCCGAUGUAUAAAUUCGGUGUUGAGGCUAUUGAACAGUUAAUUAAUCGUCUUCCUGAAUGGGCUGGCUUCUGCCACCUACUCUUCCAGAUCCCAUCCCUACAGGGUACCCCUAUCUAUCAAAAGGCAGAGGAAGUGCUACGGGAGCAAGGAAACGGAGUUAGCGAAACCAGUCCCAAUACGUUUGAGGGUCUUGCUGUGGCGCCUCUAACCAAUGGCAAUGUUGACGACUCACCAACCGCCGAUGGUUCUGUGCGCAAAUUCCGUUCCGUCCAACUCGAUCCUCCUCUCCGUUCUGAGCUCUACCAAAACCCGGAUGAGGACAUCCAGGACAAGAUUUUGUUCGUUCUGAACAAUGUGUCAGAGCAGAACAUUGACGAGAAGCUCCAGGAUCUGCGUGAGGUGUUGCGCGACCAACACCACCAGUGGUUCGCUGCUUACUUGGUGGAGGAGCGUGCCAAGCUGCAACCCAACUUCCAGCAGCUUUACCUGGACCUUCUUGGCCGUAUUGGUGACAAGAUUCUCUGGGCUGAAGUACUCCGGGAAACCUACGUCAGCGUUGCUAAGCUGAUCAACUCCGAGGGAACCCUGAACUCAUCCACUGACCGCGGUCACCUCAAGAACCUGGGAGCAUGGCUUGGUUCAUUGACUAUUGCUAAGGAUAAGCCUAUCAAGCACAAGAACAUCUAUUUCAAGGGCCUGCUUCUGGAAGGCUAUGAUACCCAACGUCUUAUGGUCACAAUUCCAUUCACUUGCAAGGUCCUUGUCCAGGCUACUAAGUCUAUGGUCUUCAAUCCCCCCAAUCCCUGGUUAAUGGACAUCCUCGGGCUGUUGCUGGAGCUUUACCACUUCGCUGAGUUGAAGUUGAACCUCAAGUUCGAAAUUGAAGUUCUCUGCAAGGAUCUUAAUCUUGACCACAAGACCAUUGAGCCUUCAGUUGUCAUUCGUGACCGUACUGCACAUGCUGAGGAAUCUCUCCCAACCGCCAAUCCUCCUGAAGGUCUUGUCGAGCCAUUCGAAGACCUUUCCCUCAAUGCUAUCAGCCAAGGCAUUCGCAAUGAAAGGCUGUCUCCCGCAGCCAUCAUUUCGACCCUGCCGAACCUUGACAAAAUUCUUGUUCUCCCCUCCUCGGCAAGUAGCAUGGUCGACCCCACCGUCCUCAAGCAGAUCGUACACACCGCAGUUGAGCGUGCUAUUGCGGAGAUCAUCACACCUGUUGUUGAGCGUUCGGUCACCAUUGCCUCAAUCUCCACUGUCCAGCUUGUCUCCAAGGACUUUGCCAUGGAGCCUGAUGAGGAGCGUGUGCGUCAUGCUGCGGGCAUUAUGGUCAGACAGCUUGCUGGUAGCCUGGCGCUGGUUACCUGCAAGGAGCCCCUCAAGGUUAGCAUGACCAACUAUAUCCGCAUGAUCCAACAGGAGUACUCUGAACAGCCCAUGCCCGAGGGACUGAUCUUGAUGUGCGUUAACGAUAACCUUGAUGCUGCUUGUGGCAUUGUCGAAAAGGCCGCAGAGGAGAAAUCUCUUCCCGAGAUUGAGAAGGUGAUCGAGCCUCAACUGGAGGCUCGUCGCCGCCACCAGGCCCAUCGCGCCGGUGAGCCAUUUGUCGAUCCUUCAAUGAACCGCUGGGGACUAUUCAUCCCCGAGCCAUACAGACAAGCCCCUGGUGGUCUUAACAAGGAGCAACUGGCUAUCUAUGAAGAGUUCGCUCGUCAGUCACGAGGCCCAGCACCACCGACUGACGCAUCGGUCGGCCGUCAACUUCCAGGUCAACUUCCCGGCCAACUUCCCGACGUACUCGGUGACCACUACGCCGCUAUCCCCAACCUCUCCACUCCAGCUGAGCAGCCCGCCAUCCCCCACAGGACCCCUCAGCCACAGCCUGCUGUCUCCCACAUGCCCCCUCCCCAGACCAAUGGAUUUCUAGAUGCACAAAGCCCUCGUGAGCGUGUUGAGAAUCUUGUUUCUGAUCUUCAGCAAUCAGCUCGUACCGCCCCCGAAGAGCACGUGAAAGACCUUGGACGUGAGAGUUCUGUUCUCCAGGAAUACAACCAGGCGUUGCGCAGCAUUCUUGCAUCGCCCAACGGCGAAGAGCUGGCCCGCUUGACCUCGUUGAAGAUCUGUACGACCUUGUAUUCCCAGUCGCACGGAUCCCUUGAGAUUGAAGUUCUUGUUCACCUACUUGCUAAGCUCUGCGACAUGUCAACACUUAUUGCCCGCUAUACAUGGGCGCUCCUUUCCGAUGUUGAUGAUGAGCACAUGUUCAAUGUGCCCGUCACUGUUGCUCUCAUUGACGCAGGUCUGCUUGAUAUCCGUCGUGUGGAUAUGAACCUCACUCGACUCAUCAUCCAGAAGAAUGUGAAUGCUUUGGAGCUGCUCGAUAAUCUGAUGAGCCGUGUUCUCUUCAAUGAUGAGCCAUCAGCCCUCCGAUCGGACUUCUCCGGCUGUUUGGAAGCUUUGAGCCAGUGGCUUUCAGAAGAUGCCAACGUUGCUCCUGGUGUCGAGAUCGUGCGCAAGCUGCGCGAGUCUGGCAUUCCAGAAGUCGUUCAUCCCCUCCUCACCGACCAAGCGAGAUCCAAGCGAGACCAGAUGGAGUACAUUUUCAGUGAGUGGAUCGGAAUAUACAAGGCCUCUGGCGCCACCGACCGCACCUUCCACUCUUUCCUCCAAGAUCUUCACAAUCGCCAGGUGAUGAACUCGCAGGAGGACUCUGCCUUGUUCUUCCGUCUCAGCAUCGAUAUCUCUGUCGCCAUGUUUGAGCAUGAGAUCCAGAACCCCAACGGCAGCCUCGAUGAGGCAUUCCUUUACAUUGAUGCCCUCGCCAAGCUGGUUAUUCUUCUCGUCCGGUUCCAGGGCGAGAACACUGGAGCAGUCAAGGCAAACAAGGCCACCUACUUCAGCUCCAUCAUGUCCCUCUUGGUCCUGGUUCUCAACAACCACCAGGUCAUGAGAGGCGAGGCAUUCAACCAACGUGUGUUCUUCCGCCUCUUUUCCAGCAUCCUCUGCGAGUAUUCCAUGAACCGAUUGCAGCAUAACGAGCAGCACCAAGAAAUGAUCUUUGCUCUGGCCAACAAAUUCCUGUCAUUCCAGCCCAAAUACGUACCUGGAUUUGUCUACGGUUGGCUGUGCCUCGUUUCUCACCGGGUCUUCAUGUCGGACAUGCUUAACAUGCCCGACCGUGCGGGAUGGGCUCCUUACUGUGAAAUCAUGCAGGCAUUGCUGUCUUACAUGGGCGAGCAACUCAAGGCUGCCAACAUCUCAUACGUCGCCAAGGAUCUCUACAAAGGUGUCCUUCGCAUUCUGUUGAUCCUGCAUCACGAUUUCCCCGAAUUCGUUGCGGAGAACCACUUCCAGUUCUGUAAUGUGAUUCCGGCUCACUGCGCCCAGCUUCGCAACCUUGUUCUCAGCGCCUACCCAUCUUCUUUCCAGAAGCUGCCUGAUCCAUUCCGUGAGGGCUUGAAGGUUGAGCGCAUUGAGGAGAUGCGGGAAAUCCCCAAGAUUGCUGGGGACAUCGUUGCUCCUUUGGAGAACGCUGACAUCAAAGAUGUUGUGGACGGUGUGCUUCGCAAUGAGAGCAUUACCGAUGCUGCUAUUCAACAGCUCUGUGAUGCUAUCCUUGAUCCCGAGGUCAAAGAUACUGGUCUCUUCUUCGUUCCCAUCGACGUCGAUGUUGUUCUCUUGAACGCACUUGUGCUUUACAUCGGCCAGCAAGCUGCCGUGGAUCACGCCUCCAAGAGCAACACCCGCGGUGCCUUUGAGAACUCGACCCACGCUGCUCUGCUCGAGAAGCUUGCCCAAGUGUUGCGUCCUGAGUCUCGCUACUACUUGCUCAGUGCGAUGGCCAAUCAGCUCCGUUACCCCAACAGUCACACCUACUUCUACAGUUUCACCAUCCUCCGUCUGUUUGGCGUUGACUACUCCGAGCAAGAUGACUCGGAUAUCCGCCAGCAAAUCAUUCGUGUGCUGUUGGAGCGACUGAUUGUCCACCGCCCACACCCGUGGGGUCUGAUCAUUACCCUGCAGGAGCUCCUCCAGAACCGGAGUUACUCUUUCUUCCGCCUUCCCUUCAUCCAGGCAGCUCCCGAGAUUGGACGUCUCUUCGACGCUCUUCUCCAACACAUCCAACAGCAGAGCCCCCGACCCAUCGCUUAA